AUGGUAUUGCAAGAAAUUUUUAAUAUUCCCCCUUUAACUCGAGUUAUCAUAAUCAGUAGUGUGAUAUUGAGUUAUGCUACCUACAUUUAGUAUUUGAAACCGUCAAACCUAUACCUAAAUUAUAAAUUAGCAUUUUCAGAUCAGUUCUAACCAUGGAGAACAGUAACAAGUAUUUUAUAUUUUGGAGAUUUGGAUUUAAUAACUGUGAUGCACUUAAUCUUUUUUCAAUAAAUCUCAUCUUAUUUAGAAUCCCAUACUUUUCUAGGAUUUGCUAAUUACCUAUAUUACUUGAUUCUGAAUUUCAUAACAAUAACUGUAAUUGGUUUAUGGUUGAAUGAGCAUUCACUAACAGAUUACUUUGUGGAAUCGUUGAUGUAUGUUUGGGGAAGAUAAAAUUAAGAAAGAUAAUUAUUAUUUAUGUUUGUAAUUCAAGUCAAAGCUUAAUAUAUCACUUGGAUAUUCAUUUUUCUAAAUAUUAUUUCUGGAAGAUCAAUCCAAUCUAAUUUGAUAGGGGCGUUGAUUGGACAUACUUAUUAUUACUUUGCUUUUAUAGUUCCUAAAUUGCACAGAUUCAAAGGAAAAUAAUUAUUAGCAACUCCUAAAUUUCUGUAAGAUCAAUUUACUAAAUUAGAACGAACAUUUGCAGAUACUUUGAGAGAGAAUGAACUAUGA